GGGGUACUUUGCGUGAUAUCUUCAAUGGUGGCUCGGUAUUUCUAAAAGUAUCUUUAGGGCCCGGUUCUUGUUUAAUUCAUAAGGAAAACUCAUCGAUGAUCAGAGGCCAGGUCGUUGUCUCAUUCUGAUGAGGGUCUGCGCAGACAACACAAAACGAGUAUAAAACACUCCCUCUUUUUCUUCUCUUCCCUCUCUUCUUUCUUCUCCAUUCUACACUCUUCUUACCACUUACUACUCACACGCAAACAACCCCUACCGACUUUUUCUCACUCACAUUCACACCACCAUCAUGUCUUUGGCCAAGCAGAACUUCUCUUCCGCCAGCGAGGAGGCCCUCAACCACCAGAUCAGUCAAGAGCUCCAGGCUUCCCAGGUUUACCUCUCCCUCUCUGCCUGGGCUGGUCACUCCAACCAGGCCCUCCCCGGACUGGAAAAGUUCUUCCGCGAGAGCGCUGAAGAGGAGCGCGAGCACGCCCAGAAGUUGAUUAACUACCAGAACCGCCGCGGUGGCAAGGUCGUCCUCCAUACCCUCCAGGCCCCCGAGUCGGACUGGUCCUCAGCCCGAAAUGCCAUCGAGGCCACCCUCCAGCUUGAGAAGGAUGUCAACAAGAGCCUGCUCAACCUCCACAAGGUUGCUGAGGAAAACAGUGAUGCCCAGCUCUCCGAUUUCAUCGCAUCUGAGUACCUCAGUGAGCAAACCGAGGCCAUCAAGAAGAUUGCCGACCUUGUCACCCAGCUCAACCGCGUUGGUGGUGAUGGUCUUGGAUUGUACCUCUGGGACCAAGAGCUCUUGAAGCACAGCCAUUAAAUCGCUCUGCUUUCUCUGCCUUACCCUUGACACAUAUUUCCUAUUCUGCCACCUUGCUGUGGAAUUAUCCUUGUAGCAUAGCCCUUCCUCAUCCUAAAAUAAAUACUCAUCAAAAAUGAUCAUUGUAAUGGC